AUGAUUAGUUUAGCAACUGCAUGUCGAAGCUUGCAGGUUUUGAAAACACCUACUCAGUUUCUUCUAGCACGGACCAGUCAUUAUGCUCCCUCUAGGCAGUUAGUAACACAAGCACAAUGGUCUGGUAUUCGCAAAAACCAUAAAAUAUGUGAUUUAAUUAGAAAGAAUGGAAUUGUGGCAAGGUUUUGCGCUUCUCAACCAAAACAGAAGACUCCUAAGGUAGUGGGUUACUGGUUACUUGGAUGCAGUGGAAUGGUUUUCACCGCUGUUCUACUAGGUGGAGUGACAAGGCUUACUGAGUCUGGUUUAUCAAUGGUCACAUGGAAAUUGUUGGGAGAAAAACUGCCUAGGAGUGAGGAGGAAUGGCAGAAAGAGUUUGAAACAUAUCAACAAUUUCCUGAAUACAAAUACAAGAACAUGCACAUAACCCUAUCAGAAUUUAAAUGGAUUUGGUGGAUGGAGUUUGCUCAUCGAACAUGGGGUCGGGCCAUAGGUGCGGCUGUUUUUCUACCAGCCACAUUUUUCUGGUUACGAGGAUACCUCGAUAAAUCAAUGAAAGUUAGGGUUGCCACAUACUGUAUCCUGGUGGGCGCUCAGGGAUUGAUGGGCUGGUACAUGGUGAAGUCUGGACUCGAAGAUCGAUUUCAGGGUCCAUCAGAUGUGCCGAGAGUCUCUCAAUAUCGUUUGGCGUCGCACCUUGGACUGGCCUUUAUUCUUUACACCGGUCUAUUAGGAGGAGCUCUGCGCGUGCUUCGUCCUAUUCCAGUAAAAGCGGUGUACCAACGAGUUAGAGAGCUCGGCCGGGUGACAGCUACUGCUCAUUUCGUUAAAGCGAUGGCCUUUAUUACCGCGCUCUCCGGCGCAUUUGUGGCCGGACUAGACGCGGGGCUAGUGUACAACUCGUUUCCAAAGAUGGGAGACACCUGGAUUCCGGAAGACAUCCUCGCUAUGAGUCCCACUCUGCGCAACUUCACCGAAAACCCGACCACGGUGCAGUUUGACCACCGCGUGCUGGGCACGAGUACUGUGCUGGCGGCGAGCGCUCUGUGGCUGAUGGCGCGCAGGGCCCCUCUGUCGCCGGCGGCCGCUAGGGCAGCGCAAGCCGUGGCGGCCAUGGCUUGGCUGCAAGUAUCGCUGGGCGUGGCCACAUUGCUACACUACGUGCCCACGCCUCUCGCCGCCACCCACCAGUCUGGAUCGCUUGUGCUCCUCUCUCUCGCAGUCUGGUUGACUCAUGAGAUUAAGCUUCUUAAAUACAUACCAAAGUAG